UUCUCCACACUUCGUCACUUCAUGUCUAUUUCUCCACACUUCACGUCUGUUUCUCCACACCUCAUGUCUAUAAAGUUGUUUCGACAAAAAUCGGCAGCUGCAGAAAUUCAGAAAAGCAUAUCAUUUUCUCUCUGUCUGUCUGUUUUCUGUAAUAUAUAGUCAGAUAGUCAGAUACACACGGAGAUAGAUACUUUGCAUAUGGCUUCGAUCGUUAGUCGGUGUCUGAUUUUUGUUGAAAGGAGAGGAAUCUAGAAGAAGAAAAGGGAGGAGGAAAAUCAGGGGGAGCUGCGAUCGAACUCAGCCCACAAGACCCCAAUACCGACGGGAAGACGACCUGCCGGACGAUUAGGCCGAGGAAGGUAGCCGCCGGGAGGAAGAACGACGGUAGUAAUACUAUAAUUGGAGGAGAGUAGUGCUAGUGGUGGAUGGAGAUGAAGAUGAGGAGCGCGAGGGGAAUGCUGUGAACAGAGUGACGUCGUUCGAGGGAGAGAAUAGGACAAGAUAGUGUUUUGAAGGAAGGUUGUUGGGGAUAAGCUGAUGGACGAGCACGAUAGCGGUGGGCGAAGUGGGGAUAAGGGUUUGGGCGCUCCCCUUCCAGAAAGGGUCCAGGUUUGUGGAUCUCCUGCAUAUAAGAUUGAGAGGAAGCUCGGGAAAGGAGGAUUCGGUCAAGUGUAUGUUGGCCGUCGCACUAAUCCUCCAAAUCCGACUGAAAGAACUGGUCCAGGAGCUAUAGAGGUAGCCUUGAAAUUUGAGCAUAGAAGCAGCAAAGGUUGUAAGUAUGGACCGCCUUAUGAGUGGGAAGUCUACAAUCAUGGCAUACCACGCGUACAUUAUAAAGGUCUCCAAGGCGAUUACUGUAUUAUGGUUAUGGAUAUGCUUGGUCCUAGUUUAUGGGAUGUUUGGAAUAACAAUUCCGACAUGAUGUCAAUUGAAAUGGUAGCAUGCAUUGCCAUUGAAGCAAUCUCAAUACUAGAGAAGUUGCAUUCUCGAGGAUAUGUGCAUGGGGAUGUAAAACCAGAGAACUUUCUUCUUGGACCUCCCGGAACUCCUGAUGAGAAAAAGUUGUUCCUUGUUGAUCUUGGUUUGGCUACAAGGUGGCGUGACACUUCAACAGGCGCACAUGUUAAAUAUGAUCAACGUCCUGAUGUUUUCAGAGGGACAGUAUGUUAUGCAAGUGUGCAUGCUCAUCAUGGAAGGAUUGCAAGCCGAAGAGAUGAUUUAGAGUCCCUUGCUUACACACUCGUCUUCCUUCUCCGUGGACGGCUGCCUUGGCAGGGAUACCAGGGUGAGAACAAAGGGUUCCUUGUCUGCAAGAAAAAGAUGUCUACUUCUCCAGAAAUGCUCUGUUGCUUCUGCCCUAGUCCUUUUAGGCAGUUUGUUGAAUAUGUUGUGAAUUUGAAGUUUGAUGAGGAACCAAACUAUGCCAAGUACAUUUCUCUUUUUGAUAGAAUAGUUGGUCCAAAUCCAGACAUCAGACCAAUUAAAACAGAUGGUGCCCAAAAGCUUAUUUACCAAGUUGGACAGGAGAGAGGAAGAUUGACGAUGGAAGAAGAUGACGAUGAACAACCUAAAACGAAGGUCCACAUGGGCAUGCCUGCUACAAACAAUGCUCGUCAGCCUAUGAACCAAAGGUAUCACUAUAAUGUUGGUGAGCAAAUUGUGAGCAAGGAGGUAAUUGCUAGUUUGGAUGCCAUGAAAGAACAAAUAAAUGAGCAUCUUUCAAGAUUGUGCCAAAAGAUGGAGUUGCAUCAUUCAAUAUUGUGCCAAAAGAUGGACUUGUUGUUGCAAGGCAAUAGCACAAUUAAGUUGGAAAUUGAUCGCAUGACAAUGAAAAUUGACUCUCAAACACGUGACAUCUUAAAAGUGUUGAGAGAGUACAAAGCUCAAGAUGUGAAGCGAGAAGCAAGGUUACAAUGCUUGGAGGCAAUGGUAAAUCUUUUUCUUGCUCAAUCGGGUCAAGCUAAUGAUAACCGGGCAAGUUAAGGAGAGGUUCUACAAUGAUGACUUUGAUGACGACUUUGUGAAGAUGCGAGAGCACAUCAACAAGAUGUUGCAAAAGGAGAAAUCAAGAUAAAAAUUUGCUACAUUUGUUGUUUGUA